AUGGAGAAUGUCCCUUAUGCAAAUGCAAUUGGGUCAGUCAUGCAUACUAUGAUAAGCACCAGACCUGACCUUUCUUUUACUAUUUCUCUUUUAAGUAGUUUAUGUCAAACCCUAGUUUUGAACACUGGCUUUGUAGAUUCUGAUUUUACAAGUGACAAAGAUACAAGGAAGUCAACCACAGCUUACCUCUUUACUGUGGGAGGAAAUUGCGUGAGUUGGAAAUCCCAGCUCCAACCAAUGGUUCCUUUGUCCUCAACUAAGGCAGAAUAUGAGGCUAUGGCAGACAUUUUCAAGGAAUCAUUAUGGCUUCAAGGACUUUUGUCAGAAGUGGAGCUGCUUGAAACGGCAGUUACUGUCUAUUCAGAUAGCUAG